AUGACUGAGACAGAAUUUGUAUCGAUUCUUGGAAGCGAGUGGGAGCUGGGUAAGGGCAAGGUUGACUGGUUUUCCUUCGUGGAAGGAAAGAUUUCUACUGACCCCUCGAAACCUUCCCGGCCUGGUCGCGCCCACGUUCAUGUUAUGAAAAAGGAUGAUAUCUUGCCUCUGAGCAAUGCUGUGCGAACCGCAGUCUGGGAGGAUGCGAAGGCAUCUUUUAAUAGCCCUUCUUUGAUUGGUCCUCCUUCUGUUGAGUUUUCUAUUUACAAAAAGGUUCCAAGCAAUAAGAAGCGCACCGAUGCUCGGCAGGGAACAAUCGAUCAGGAUCCUGAAUUCAUGGCUUUUUUGGAGGAACUGGCGAAUCCACCACCACCAAAAGAAACCGUCGAAGGAGAAGAGGGCGACGACCUUGGUAAGGCGGAGGCUAAAGUCACCACUACGCCACUCAUCGAGUACCUCAAGGAGAAGAAGGCGAGCAAAGCCAAAGAGAGCUCAUCUUCCAAAAAUUCCAAACACGGGCAGGAUUCUAGGAGCACCAAGGGGAAGAACUCGUCCAAGGAUGAGGACUCGGGUAAGAAGAAGGGCAAAGAGUCCAAGGCCGAAAAGGGAGAAAAGGCUCCCAAGGAAACCGUCAAGAUCCUCACCAAGAAGGCGACUUCUGAGCCGAAUGCGGAGGCCUCGAAGACCAACGCUAAAAGCCAGUCCCAUGACUCCAGCGCCCAAGAAACUGCACCCAAGAGUCGACGUGCGGGAAUUUUGGCUGCGGCAAGGAUCCUCCAACGAGAUCUUGGUCUCAGUCCCGGAAGCGCGCAUAGAAAGGCACGUCAAGACGCUGCCAAAGCAGAUGCAGAUGCAAAGACACCUGAAAAGGAGAACACAUCUGCUGCCGAAACAAAGGCUAGUGCUUCUGAAAGCCCAUCUACACCUGCAAAAUCAGCAGAUGCCGAAGCACCAGAACCGAAGGGACGAGGUGCUGCAAAUGCGAACAAACAGCAGCAAGCAAACCGCAGAACUCGAGGCGGGAAGAACGCUGAAAAGAGUAAUCAAAAGGAGAAGGGCAAGGAAAACAGCAAAGAGAAAGAGAAAGUUAAAGAGAGCACAUCGAGCCAACCAGCUCCCAACCCCCCAAUUGUGCUCCUCAAGAAAAAGGCUACAGAUGCCGAAUCCAACCCACCGGGGAAGCCAGCAAAUGCCGCAACGCAAGCGCCGGCCUCACAGGGAGGGAGAUCGAAAGCAGAAAAUGCAGUUGGUGGCUCUAAAGGCGGACCCAAUAAGGGGUCCAAUACCCAGAAGAAAGCUCCUACUGUUUCUCCUGACGCUACUCGUGGUUUUGUCAAGCAUGCCAACCCCUCUCAAGGUGUUACUGAGGCGUUGCUUAAACAAACGCUCUCAACUUUUGGCACAAUUAUCUUUGUUGAAAUUGACAAGAGAAAGGGGUUUGCCUAUGUUGACUUUGCUGAACACGAGGGUCUUGUGAAGGCUGUUACUGCCAGUCCUAUCACUGUUGCACAGGGCACUGUACAAGUUUUGGAGCGCAAGGACAAGAAGCCUGCCAACACGAACGCAAACGCGGCAACGACAGCACCAGCCCCAGCCCCAGUUGCUGGAUCUGCUGCGCCAGAGAAGGGAUCUGGCCGUGGUCGACGUGGACGAGGUGGAGGCAACAAGGCAAAGGAUUCUGGUCCCAACAAUCAAGGGACUGCUCCUCCUAGUCCAGCUCCGGCCAAUGCUGGUGGCUGA